AUGAGCAGCACGGAUGCCGCUAGCCAGACAGGCGAGGGCAACGAGCUCCGGCCAGACAGUGGCAACGCAGCCCGCCGUAUGGUGAAUGACGCGACAUACAUUGAUGAAGCAGGAAGCCGUCGAAUGAAACCGAAAGAAUGGAUGGAUUGUGUCGUUGUUCCCCUGCCCGAGAUUUGCAAAAAGAAGGAGAACGAAUACAGCACGUCUGGCAAGGAAAUUGAUGUUACUGUGAAUGGCUAUCCAGUUCAAAAGUUUCCAAAGAAACCCGUGUACAUGUACGAGCUCCAAGUGGUUGCCGAAAUUCAGGCUCGAGAGGACAAGAGACUUCUGCCCACCCUUGACCAACGACUCAUGCGGCUGUGUUUUGAGAAGAGCAAGGAGCGACAGAAAUUGCUCCCUGAUGCUAUUCAUGACGGAGCUCACAUUGUGUGGUCUUUGCACGCCCUGGAUAAAGGAGGUAUCAGAGAGAAGAUUACCUUCGAUCCUCCAUACAAGCACUAUGAAGGUCCCAAGAGAAUUGGCGGACUAGAGGCAAAAAAUCCCAGGUCCCGGGAAUUCCUCACUCUGCUGUCGGAGGUUCAAUUUCGGGUUCUUCCAAAGCACAAGCUUAUGGUGAAGGUCAUCCAGGACUGGCUGCAAAAGAAGCGAAAGUUUGAUGAGCAGGUGAUUCAGUCAUUCAUGUUUCUUGACCAUCUUCUUCGUCACGAGCCUCGAUCUAGGUUCUUUGAGCACAAGCGCUCAUACUUCUUCGAAAAUAUCGAAGUCCUGGGUCCGGAGUUUGCUGACAUGGUGCCACAAUUUCAUCACCAAUUGCCGUAUGCUGCGACUGUCUACCGAGGAGCAUUCCAGACAAUCAGAGCUUGCCCACGCGGUCUGAUGCUCAACGUAGAUACUGCCUACGGUGUCUUCUUCUCCCGCAUCAGUCUUAUGGGAGUCAUGAAAGGGCUCCUGGCAGUUCAACAUCAAGACGACGUGUCUAGGAAUUGUAUGCCAGUUCACAGACCGCAAAUCAAGAAGGAUUUCUAUGAGCUGUCCAGAUCAUUUAUCGAACUCGACAAGAUGAUUUCUGGACUAUUGGUCAACCCCGAGUUCAGAGGAUGCCCGAACCCAAACCGAACUUUCAAAAUUAGAAAGCUCAUGCCCGUUUGCGCAAGGGAAUACAUGCUGGACAUCACGGACCGCGCCACAGGCAUCGUCAAGAGCCAGUCGGUCCAGGAUUAUUUCAAGGCGAAGUACAACAUUAGCCUCGAGUACCCGGACAUGCGCCUUGUGCAGAUGCAAGAUCGUGACAUUGUCUAUCCCGCCGAGCUUUUGGAACUCAAGGGCCUUCAGCGAUACAACAGGAAGCUUAAUGUUCGUAUGACAGCGGAUAUGAUCAAGUACACUGCACAAAAACCAAAGGAUCGUAUGAAUCACAUUCAUACCUGCAAGAAGCUCUUCGCACAUGACAAGGACCCCAAUCUGGCACUCUAUGGCAUGGAGAUCGCGCAGGACAUGUACAAAACCAAAGCCCGCUUACUUCCCAGUCCGGAGAUUCAAUUUGGAAACGCAAAGGUCCAACCGGUUCACAAUGGACGAUGGGAUCUUCGAGGCAAGAAGUUUUACAAGGCACACUCUGAUGCUCUGACUUGCUGGGCGAUUGGUUAUUACCCCGAUGGACGCGAUAGAUUUGACCAGCGGCUAAUCGAUGAAUGGCGGGACAACUUUGUCAAAGUAUUCAAGCUGCACGGUGGCACCGUCAAGAAAAACCCAGUGUCGAUGUUGAUGACCGAGGACAUUGGGACUUCAGUGGCUAAACUUCACGAUACCGCCAAGAAAGCUUACGGCGAGACUCCUCAGCUGAUCAUCAUGAUAACAGCUACCCAGGAUGUUGGUCAGUACGCUCGCCUCAAGAAAUCCUGUGAUUGUCGAUUUGGAGUCCCCUCCCAGGUUCUCCAGAAAGGCCGCUGCGAGGGCGGAGGAAAUUCCCAACUGCACUCCAAUGUCGCCAUGAAAAUCAACGCCAAACUUGGAGGCGUGACGGCUCGUGCUGUUCCUACAUCCGUUGGGACUGGCCUUGGCCCUUCCUCGAUGAUCAUCGGAGCUGAUGUCACCCACCCGAUGAUGGGUGUUUGGACUCCAUCGCUGGCCGCGAUGUCCGUUUCAAACGACCUCCAGGGAAUCAGCUACUGGGGUGGCCGCGAAGUGAACGGUGCCCGCAAGGAAAUCAUCUCCGAGAAUAACAUCAGGGACAUUCUGACGCCCUUCUUCAAUCAGUGGAUCAAGACGGUGGGCAAGCAGAGGCCUCCCACCAUUAUCUACUACUUCCGCGAUGGCGUCUCGGAAACCGAGUACGCGGAAGUCCUCAACAAGGAAGUGAAGACCAUUCGCGAGACCAUGUCCGCAGCCGCAGGGGCCGAAUGGAAAGGAAAGAUGUGCGUCGUCGUGGCCAACAAGCGACACCACAUUCGGGCUUUCCCAGCACAUGGUGAUAGGAAUGGCAAUCCCCUCCCAGGCACUUUGGUGGACAAAGACGUCACCAGUCCUCAUGGCUGGGACUUUUUCCUCUACUCGCACGUCGCGCUUCAGGGUACUGCCCGGCCAGUCCACUACACCGUCUUGCUGGACGAGGUCAAGCACAAGCCGGAGCAUUUGAUCAACAUGAUCUACGAGCAGUGCUACCAGUACGUUCGCUCUACAACUUCUGUCUCGGUUCACCCGGCCGUCUACUAUGCUCACUUGAUCUCUGUUCGUGCCCGUCAUCACGAGAACGUCAUGCUCAAGGGCAAACCGGCUCAAUAUGGACGUGGCGUGAAGGUGAGUCGUGGCAUGACUCAUGCUAUGCAGGCGAAUCCCAAGGAAUCUGAUCGUACCGAUAUCCCUUUGCUGCCAAUCGACGACAGCAACGGCAAUCAUUUGCCAUUGCGGAUGUGGUAUGUCUGA